AUGAUGCAUUUUGCAGUUGUGAUUGGUUUGUUUUUCCCACUAGUUGAAGCCAAAUACUCCAACUUAUUCACAAUUCAUCAGGGGCCCAGUCCACACCAGGAGCAACUGAAACCAACCAGCAGACACAAGAACCACUGUGCCUACGUCAUUGAGAAGACGGUGUCCUUCACUGUCCAGGAUGGGGCAGCGCCAUAUGUGAAGGCUGAAUACAACAAGUGUUCCUGGGCCAAACAAUGUCCAACUCUCCUGUAUCGCCUGCUCUACAAGCCGAUGUUCAAGGUAGCCCAUAAAACAGUGACUGAACUGGAAUGGCGCUGUUGUCCUGGGUACUCUGGUUACAGCUGUAUGGAUGGUCACCAGAUUUACCAGCAUCCAAUCAGGAUGAUGUCACCAUUCAAAGGUCCACCAAUGAAAGGCCCACAGUUUGGGGGUCCACAGCACGAAGGGCCCAUGUUCAAAGGUCAAAUGUUCAAGACUCCACCUAUGAAACCAAACCCUUGGAGUCAACCGAAGCAAUCUCACAUCAGCAGUUUCAGCUCCUACCCACUGCCUCACUUUGGGCCGCCAAAAUCCUCGUCUUACUCCGACUCAUCCUUUGAGCCUUACCCACCAGAACCUCAGCCAGAACCAGAAUACCAGGAGCCACAUAUUACAGUCGGUGACCCAGAGCACCAGGGGGAAUACAACCAAAGACCAGAGGAUGUUACCCCAGAGGAAAUUGCCUCUCCAACCGAAGAACAGCCAGAGGGGAAGAUCACAGGCCAGGCUCUGGGGAGUGAGACAGAGGAGAGGAUAUUUAGAAUAGAGGAGGACCUGCGGCAUCUGAACCACGGUCUGCAGACGCUCAGGGGAACCGUGUCUGGACUGGAGAACAGCCUGAGAGCCUCGCUGAGAGACGAUGCCAAAAGGAUGCUGUCAGCUCUGCUCUCUGCUGCUCCAACGCCUCUUGCUGCUCCCGCUACAGCGUCUAACCCACCCACCGUCGGGUUUGUGGAAAUUCCUGCCAGGGAUCUCGAUAUGGAGGGCUUUGAUGGCAGCCACGUGUUUCCAGACCUCACAGAAAUGAGUGGAAGGGUGGAAGAGCUGAGGACAGAGCUGCAGGAGCUCAGAGCAACGGUACAGGGACAAGACGGAGUCCUGAAGAUGAUCUCAAAUAAAACCAGGGGAGGUGUGGAGAGUUUGAUGGAUGCUAAACUGAGUGCAGUCAGGGUGGAAAUACUCAAUGGAUUGGAGAAACAAGUUGAGAGUGCGGAGGAUCACUGCGGGGAGAAGGGUGGAGCUGAGCGGCGGCAGUGCCAGAGGGAUCAGCGGCAGGAGCAGAUGAGAGGCGCUCUGGAGGAAAGCAUGUCAAAGCUGAGGGACGAGCUGGGGAGCAUCCAGUCGCAGAUCCGUCCAUCAGGUGAGCUGGCAGAAAGAGUCCUGCAUCUGGAAACAUCCGUGGCAGACUUGAACCGGUCCCAGAUGCACCUGAGAGUGGCUCUCAGCGGUCACAAGGACCACAUAGAGGCGAUGCUGGAGGGCCGCCUUCAGUAUGUUGAAGACAAGCUCAAUCUGACUGGGCAGAUGAGAAGUGGAGAUCCUGUGGAAGAAGCUGCAACAGGGUGGAGGCUGGAGGCCAGAAUGGAGGCUAAGCUUCGAGACCUAGAGGACCGCUUAUUGACGGCUCUAGAGGAGCUUAGCAACGCCACCGCCCCCACUCUGCUGGAAGGCCAUGCUGUUCCAACACUGGAGACGGAGCUGGAGUCCCUCCGCGGGAGACUUGAACUCGAUGUAGACCGAGUUCAGAAACACCUAAACAACCUGGAGAUUCUCUGCUCCUCUCCUUGUUCUCCUGCCACCCAAGGAGACGCUGCUGGGCCGGGUGAAAACCAAGAAGUCGAGCAGAACAUAAAGCAGGUUUUAGACUCACAGAACGACCGCUUGAGCAGUCUGAACUUCACCCUGCAGAAGAUCUUAAACACCAGAGAGAGGCAGGUAGACGCAGAAAGAGGUCCUCCAUUUCAGGCAGAGCUUAUGGUUCUUAAGUUCAAUGUUCGUUCAGUCAACCACACCCUGAUGAGUCUCCAAGACUCCCUGGGCACAGUGGUCCAUCAGGUGGGAGUGGCCAACAGCUCCUGGCAUGAACGAGAGCUUCGCCUGGCGAAGCAGAUGAAGGGCGUGGUCCAGCUGGUCGGGCAUCAGGCCUCCAUGCUGGGGGCAGGCGAGCGCAGGCUGACCAGACUCAAAGCUGAGCUGCAGGGCAUGAAGAAGCGGCUGGCGGAGGAGGUCCGUGGGUGCCGGAGCACCGCCAUGGUGGUCAAGAAGGAGGUAACUGAGGUUGGAGGGCGCGUUGCCAGUGUGGAAGAUCAAUGUAAAGGUCUGAAUUACCUGGCAGAGGAUCUGGAGAGAAUCAGGGAGGAGCUGGAGAAACAAUCCAGCAGUCUUCUUCUGCAGGUUAAUGGGACGCUGUCCAGCCACGCUCAGCAGCUGUACGAGCUGAAAGACGAGCUGAGAAACUGCACCGUGAGGGCCGAGCCGACGAGGAGCUCAGACACCAAACGAGGCGACACAUUCACUCUGAAUUAG